UUACAUAGGGAGAACUCUCAGAAAGCACUUUUUUCAAUGAGAGUCUCGCUAAUAUAUACGAAAGUCCACAUUUAGAAAACUGUUCCAUCGUUCUUUUUUGGAAUAUAAUAGUAAUAACGAAUUUGUCAAUCAAUUAAUUUGUUUUUUUUAAAUGACUGGGAAAUUAAUUAGCAAAAGGAUUAAUCUUUCGGGGAGAGAAUUUAUGGAAGAAGUUGACGAUUUCAAAAAACAAUUUCCCCGGCGAUCGUUGCGUUUGUCACAGAAAAAUUUCCAACCAAAAAAAAAGGACGAAAAUGGUGGCGAGCCGAAUGUAUCGUACAAUUUGAGCAAACAGUCGGUAGUUAAUAAAGGGGCUGAUGCCGUAGAAAACCUGAAGCAGCAGCAGCAUAAUGAAAUUAUUCGGGCAACUGAAAAAAUCAUACCGCUGGCAGGCCCCAGCAAAAUUUCUGUACGUCAGGAUUUGAUAGACAAAUCGUUGUCGGCUGCAGAUUGUGUUUCACAUGAACCUAUCAAAAUAUAUGAAAAAAAAAGAACUCUACCCGUUGAUAAUGGCGAUAAUAGCUCUCAGAUAGAUAAAGUAAAAAAGUGCCGCCGAUCUGCACGCAGACCUGCCAGGAACGGCCAGAGGAAAAAUAAAAAAACUGCGGCGCCUCAACGGAUAUUGCGGGCAGUACAACGAAAAUAUUCGCGAUCAAAGGUAAAUGCCGUUGGUCUUGCCGGCAAAAGGAAUAAUAGGAAACCAUUCUCUUACAACUAUAUGGAAAAAUUGAAAAAUCUGAAACUAGACUGCUGUCCGCAAGCCAGUUUACCUUUGUGUGGAACAUCAAUGCUACCCGACAUUUAUCCACCACAUUUUAAAUAUCAAUUGCCGCCAGAAAACGUUCCAUAUCAAUUAGGUAGCUAUUAUCCAAGAGAGAAUCUAUAUGAACGACCAACAGUCACAAUGACACCUGAAGAAACUGAAACACUACCAUCAAGUUCAACUUCGCCGUCAAUGCCGGGCUCAUUGCGUGGCCUAUUUGAUACCGACGACAUACAUGAAUUACUUAAUGUUGAGCCCGUAGUGUAUCGUUUAAAUAAUUAUCAUGUUCAGGCCUUCGCUGCCAUUUUAAAUUUAAGCGUUGUCUACGUAAAAGAAAUCUUAGAUAGAGUUGUAAGACUUGAUUUCUUGGUAUUAAAAAAGAUGGAUGAAGCCUUAAAUAGGCCAUGUACAGGAGAAGAAGAUAUUUUUGCUGAAAAUUUCUCAUCUCCUGAAUACAUUCCCAACAGCCAAACUCCGCCUAAUUCGCGAAUAUUUCCUAGUCAAAAGAAAUAAAAUAAUUGGCACAAACCUUUUAUUCAAACUACUACGAACUAUUAUG